AUGUCCGUCAUGGCAACGCCGUCGGCAGCCUCCGUGAGGGGGGUCCCCGCACCCGCGACGCGACGCGUCGGUGCCCGUCGCCCCGCACCCGUCGUUUGCCGCGCCGCCGCGCCCCGCGACGCCGCCAAGCUCUCCGCCGGUAUCCUCGCCGUCGCCGCCGCGAACGCCGCGAGGGCGGAGGACGUCGAAGCUCCUGCCGACGCUGUGGUCGACGCCCCGGCCGACGCCGCCGCGCAGGCCGCCGCGCAGGCCGCCGAUGCCGCCGCCGACGCCGCCGCGCAGGCCGCCGACGCCGCCGCCAAGGCGGCGGCGCAGGCGUCCGAUGCGCUCAACGGCGCGCUGGGCGGCCUCUCCGGCGGCCUUGACGGCCUCACCUCCCAGGCGGGCGGCGCCCUGGAGGGCCUCAAGGGUGGGCUCGGCGGCCUCACCUCCCAGGCGGGCGGCGCCCUGGAGGGCCUCAAGGGUGGACUCGACGGCCUCACCUCCCAGGCGGGCGGCGCCAUCGGCGGCCUCGGCUCCCAGGCGGGCGGCGCCAUCGGAAGCGCCGCGAAGGGCGUCGGCUCCGUCGCGGGCCCCGCGCUCAGCGGCGCCGCAAAGGUUGCCGGCGAGGGCGCGGGCGUCGUCGGCCAGGGUCUCGGCCAGGCCACAAAGGCUGUCGGCGGGGCCACCUCCGCCGUGAGCGGCGCCGUCGGCGGGGCCACCUCCGCCGUGAGCGGCGCCGUCGGCGGGGCCACCUCCGCCGUUAACUCCACUCUCACCUCCACGGUGCAGUCACUCGAGUCGGCGUUGCCCCCCGAGUUCCAGGACGUCGUCGCCAGGGCGCAGACUGACUCCGACACCGCCGUCGCCCUCAUCGGUCUCACCGCGGCCGUCCCGAUCGGCCUCGUGGUCCUCGGAGCCGCCACGCGCGGCUACGCCGGCGAUAAGAACCCAUUCGUCGUGGAGGAGCAGCUCAAGAAGGACCGACGCGCGUUUCUCAUCGACACCAGGUCCGAGGAUGCCAGGCGCAACGACGGCGUGCCGGACCUGCGCGGCAAGGCCCGCGGCAAGGGCGCCGCGGUGGAGGUGGCCACCCUCCCGGCCGACGAGCGGCGCGUGCUCUCGAACCCGCGCCUCGUCGAGCUCGAGCUCGCCGCCACCAAGGUGAAGGCUCUGACCAAGGGCGGCGCGAGGGUCUACGUCCUGGGCCCCGACGCCAAGGACCUCGCCAAGGCGAUCACCAGGCUCGGCGGCAGGCGCGCGUUCGUCGUCUCAGGUGGCUUCGACGCGUGGCGCAGCUCCGGCCUCAAGGUUGGCGUCAAGUACGCCAAGUCGGCGCUCGAGGGCCUGGGCGAGGACACGUCCGAGGCGGCGUCCUCGUUCACCCAGAAGGUGGCCGGAAGCGUCAAGACCUCCAUCACCACGAAGAAGCCCACCGACGCCAUCGUGCCCCUGCUCGGACUCGUCGCGGCCGCGGCGGCGGCGUACAACUACAAGACCGCGCUCGAGUACGCCGGCGUCAUCGGCAUCGAGCUGACCAUCCUCGCCAAGCUGCUGAGCUACGAGUCCCCGUGGGCGUUUUUUGAGGAUGUUAAGGAGACGGCGGCCGGCGUGGUGGGCGCCGUGGGUUCGUUCGAGCCUCCGUCUGUGCCCGAGGUGAGCGUCCCCAAGGUGAAGGUGCCCAGCGUCGCCGAGAUGGCGCCGCCCCCGCGCCCCGCGCCGGCGCCGGCGAAGGAGGAGGCAAAGGUUGAGGAGGUGGUCGAGGAGGAGGAGGUUGCGGAGCCCGAGCCCGAGGCCGCGGCGCCGGCUCCCGUCGAGGAGGAGGCCGCAGCGCCGGCUCCCGCCGCGGAGAAGAAGGCCGGGAGGGUCUACGACGAAACGUACGCCGAAUCGAAGUCGGAGAUGGCCAAGGCUGCCGAGGAGGCUGCCCGGCGCGCGGACAAAAAGCCGGAGCAGAGGGAUAUGUGA